AUGGCCAACAUCACUGCCGCCGGCGAUGGGAUCACCGGUGGUUACACCGGCCAGUCGCUGGGCAUGCAAAUCACCAUCGCGACCCUCGCCGGCAUCACAUGGUACAACGCCUUCGAGCUCGUCGUCCUCAUCUUCGUCACCUUCGCCCAGUAUCGCGGCCUCUACUUCUGGAGCUUGCUGGUCUCGUCCGCCGUCGGCUUGAUCCCCUACUCGCUCGGAUUUCUAUUGAAGUUUUUCAACCUCACCACGGCCACCUGGCUGCCCGUCACCCUCCUCACCGUCGGCUGGUGGGCCAUGGUGACCGGGCAGUCGAUCGUCUUGUAUUCACGCCUGCACUUGGUCCUCGCGAACCAGCGCGUGCUGCGUCGCGUGCUGGUCAUGAUCCUCGUCAAUGCAGUCAUUCUGCACAUCCCGACCACCGUGCUGACGUACGGCACCAACCUCGCACCGCUCGGGGCGACCCGAGCCUCAUAUAUCACCGGAUAUAACGUGAUGGAAAAGAUUCAAAUGACCGGCUUCUGUCUGCAGGAAUUCAUUAUCUCGGGUCUCUAUAUCUGGGAGACGGUGCGCAUGAUUCGUCUGGAUAUGGACCACACCAAGCGCAAGAUCCAAUACCAACUACUGAUCCUCAACAUGAUCAUCAUCAUUAUGGACCUGGGCCUGCUCGUCGCCGAAUACCGCAACUACUACAUCAUGGAGACCAUGCUCAAGGGCGCGGUCUACAGCAUCAAGCUGAAACUUGAAUUCGCCGUGCUGGGGAAACUCAUCCACCUGGUCCACAACCACGUCUGGAAACCCGAGUCCUUUUCCGGCCCUCGCGAGUUUCCCGACUUUGUCGAUGCGACCCGCGUCACCUCCGACCUCACCCACGCCGCGCCAGUACACUCCAGCCAAGCCCGCUCCUGGAUGGACGAUGAUAUCUCCAUUGCCAUGUUCGAGCACUCCCCCCGGUCGACGCGCACACAGCCACCUCCGACACCGGCAACUCGUGGAGCAGCGAUACUCGCAUCCAACACGGAGAUCCCCACGCCAUCGAUUUCACCAGCCCAUUCUGCCAAUACCAGCGCAAGCCCGCGAAGCUGA